AUACGGGUCCCAGGAUAAUGUUGCAUGAUCUAAUUUGAGCCAGUCACUAGAACCAGAUGUUUAGUCUUCCAUGCUUUCAGACUUGUGUUGGAGCCCAUCCUCAGGAUUUACUCCAGAAUGUAGUAUUUAUGUGAUUCCUGGUUGUGUGUUGCUUUUAGUUGUUAAUUGGGGUAUUGAUGGUCAGCUAUUAAGACGUUGGUUGCUGUUUCCUUCGGCUGCCUCGGUUCCAGAAUGGAAUAUAAGAACCUUCUCCUGAGCUUCCUUCUUUGCGGCAUGUUGCUUACAGCCAGCUAUUGUUACAUGAUAUUUGAGGAAAAGCAGAACUCAGACAACUAUGCGAUAAAUAGCAACAAAAUCAAGAUCCCGGAUCUCCCUCCCAUCUCUAUAGUAGAUUUAACCAAAACUUCCUUGAAGCUAAGCAGGAAAGAAGCUGAGAGAAAAAAAUCUAUGAAGAGAAUGGGGCAACAAAAAAAACCUUCUCGACCCAAACCGUCUCCCCCUCCGAACUGUGUUGCUACUUGGGCAAGCUGCAAGCCACCGUCUCAUCCCUGCUGUGAUUUCUGUGCCUUCUGCCACUGCCGACUUUUUCAGACCGUCUGCUACUGCCGUAUAGGAAAUCCAAACUGCUAAAUCAAAGUCAACAAUGCUCUCAGACUCUCAGUAUAUCUUCCAGACUGGUUGCCUUGUAUCUAUUUUCCAAAGAGGCCAAGAAACUCAUCUUCUUCCAAGCGUCAUAUUCCUCGUGGGAUCUAUCUCAAAGGGUAAUGCUAUCAGAAACAAGCUAGUCUCUGCCAUGGUAAUUAUGGUAGAGAAGGGGUGAAAUGGGGGAAAGGCUGACCACUUGAAAAGGGAAGGGAAGCUGAGAGAAUGAAAGUUGCACAUUAAAAAUACAUUAUCCGUGGUCCUCAAGUUACGACCGCAAUUUUUUUUAAAGUUUUUUUUAUUUUUUACACAAACAAACAAACACACAAUGCAUUUUUUCUGAACAGAGUAUUUGCCGGUUCACAAAUUUAAACAGUUUUUAGUCAUUUCAACUGAAUUUACAAUUUAUAUACUUCCUUUUUGACAUAAUAUUUAUUCUCUCUAUUUUUUUUAAACCAAUAUUACCUUUCAUUCUAACCUCUAAUCUUAACCAAAUUCAAUUUUUCCCUUCAUCUCUAUAUUAAACCCUUUAAAUUUAAAAUCUCACAGAUAUAAUUCUUAGUAUUUCCUUAUACUCCUUUAAUAUAAUCACUAAUGUUUUCCAUUGUCAGCUGUUUCAAUAUCCAACAUCUUAAUACAAUCAAUUAAUUAUGUGAUGUUACAAUCAUUCAUUUCUUAUAAGAAUAAUAAACCCAAUUGUUUUAUGCCAUA